AUGGUUCUGACGGAGUUGCUGAGGCUAAAGGAAUCCAAAUCACCAGGUCCCGAUGAGAUUCCGGCGAAGAUUUUGAAGGAACUCGCCGGUGAGUUGUCUAAGCCACUCUCCAUGCUUUUCCAUACAUCCUUCGAGACCGGAUAUCUGCCACCCGACUGGAAGUCGGCGUGGAUUACGCCGCUGUACAAGGGCGGAAGUCGGGUCUCUGCGAACAAUUACAGACCGGUCAGCCUCACCUCCAUUUGCUGUAAGAUUAUGGAGAAGAUAAUAAAGCAACAACUAAUGCAGUUCCUUGAACAAAACCAUUUGCUUUCCGAUUCUCAGCAUGGAUUCCGAAAAGGCAGAUCCUGUGUGACAAACCUGCUCUACUGUCUGGAACACUGGACUAGGGCUGUUGACAGAGGAGAUAUGGUGCAUGCCAUCUAUAUCGACUUUAAAAAGGCCUUCGAUAGUGUGCCUCACCACCGCCUUCUAUACAAACUUAGCCGAGCAGGAGUGCGGGGUAAGCUUCUGACGUGGAUUCGUAGCUUUUUAAUCGGCCGCUCUCAAGCCGUCCACGUCGGUGACCAACAAUCUGCCGAGGUUGCCGUUAAGAGCGGUGUUCCCCAAGGCUCUGUUCUUGGCCCUACGCUGUUCCUCGUAUACGUCAAUGACUGCGCAAACGAACUGAAUUGCGAUGUCGCAAUGUUUGCCGAUGACAUAAUAAUCUGGAGUACCAUACGAAGCGAAGUUGACGAGGCGCGACUGCAGACAAGUCUGGACCACCUCGAGCAAUGGUCGAAAGACUGGCUUCUACCGUUCAACGUAAACAAGUGUACAUUCCUACGCGUCGGCAGAACCAGUUCUCCUAACCGCACGGUCUACCGUCUGACUGACAAACCACUGCAAGAAGUCGACGCCCAGAAGGACUUGGGUGUAUGGAUCACAACCUCGCUUAAGCCUUCACUACAAUGUUCAAAGGUGGCCAAGUCGGCGAUGUCCAUGCUAUACCUUGUCAAACGGGCGUUCUCCUCCUUUGAUGAAGACUGCUUCGCCAAGGUCUUUCAAACUUUUGUGCGACCGCAUCUGGAGUUUGCUAUCCAAGCAUGGCGACCCUGGACCGCUAAAGACUUGGGCAUACUCGAAAAAGUUCAACGGCGAGCAACGAAACUUGUAUCUGGGCAGUGGUCACUACCCUACGAAACGCGAUUAGCUAAUCUUGACCUCUUUCCUUUGAGUUACAGUCAGCUACGUGGGGACCUGAUACAAGCUUUCCGCAUCGUGCGCAAUCAGGUCUGCUGCCUCGCGUUUGGAGACUUCUUCGAGUUGGCGACUACGACUAACCUGAGAGGCCAUCCACUCAAACUGCGUGUGGCUGGUGUCCGGCUAGACACCCGAAAGUUCUUCUUCUCCAACAGAGUGGUUGCUGCUUGGAAUGCCUUGCCUGAGGAUGUUGUUAUGUCAGGCUCGGUAGAUACUUUUAAAUGGAGUCUAGAUCAGCAUUGUAGCGCGCACCACAAUAACGCCGGACUACGGCAACCUUGA